UUGAAACUGAAAAUCCCUCGCAAAGAAUGAGCGCUUCCCUCCCCCGCGGCUCGCCGCGUUUAAAUCGCCCUCCAAAAUCUCUUAGGGUCUCUAGAUCCCAUCGCGCUCGCUCGCUCCGCUGCUCUUGGCGUGCCCGCAUUGUCCAUCGCGAUCCCAGCUCGGGGUGCGAGCAAUGGCCAGCAGCAGCAUCGAUCCAGCGAGCAGCGCAAUCGAUCUCGCGAGCACCGCACAGAUCCUGGAGAACGAGGAUCCGGAGCCCAGAUUAGGGAUGGAGGCAGAGGAGGUGUUCUUGAGCAGGAAAAGGAGAAGCCCAUUGCCGGAUUGGUACUUCCCCAGGAGGCCGCUGCAAGACAUCACCGCCAUGGUGAUCAAUGCGCGGGAGGGCGGCGAGUCCCAGGCUCUGGGCACAAAGUUUCUACCGGAGAUCACGCAAGAAGCCAAGAAAGGGGAUCUCAUCACAGUCAAGAGAAGGAUGCCCGGUAGCCAGAGCCAGUCCAAGAGACCAAGGCAAAGCAUCAGUACCGUGAGUAGAGUCCCCAAAACUCCAUCGAUCACCCCUCCAUCGCUCAGAGUGCUCAAAAGCUUUAGAUAACAAAAUAGGCAUUAGUGCUAAUCAAAACUGACAAGCGGGGAUAGCUCAGUUGGGAGAGCGUCAGACUGAAGAUCUGAAGGUCGCGUGUUCGAUCCACGCUCACCGCAACCAUGUUAUCCUGGGUCGGUGCCUAAUUAUUCUUCGGACAUCACCCUGAUAUUCUAAUUUUUGGUCCACAAAUGCCGUACGAGGUA